AGGUGUGUGAGGGGGACUCAGGUGGUGAGGGUGAGUCAGUCAGGUGUAAGCUGAUGGAGGAUGAAGUGAACUUCACAUUUAUAACCUUUGCAGGACACGUGGACGUGCAGACGUACAGACAUGUUUACUUUGUCGUCAUGUUCACUCUCUAUAUUCUCAUCGUCUGCUCUAACGUCACCAUCGUGUGUCUCAUUGUGAUUCACAAAGACCUUCACAAGCCCAUGUACGUGUUCAUCGCAGCGCUGUUGAUCAACUCCGUUCUCUACAGCUCUGCCGUUCACCCCAAGCUGCUGAUGGACUUCCUGUCUGAGCGACAGAUCACCACGUUCACACCGUGUGUCCUUCAAGCGUCUUCAUAUUACACUUUAGCCACGUCAGAGUUCCUGCUGCUGUCGGCCAUGGCCUACGACCGGUACGUGUCCAUCUGUAGACCUCUGCACUACCAGACCCUCAUGAGCAGGUCCACAGUGACGCUCUUCCUGGUGUGUGCGUGGCUAAUACCUGCGUGUGAACUCAGUGUUUUGGUUGUGAUGUAUAUGAACGUAAAGAUGUGUCACUUCACUUUAAAAGGCGUCUUCUGUAACACUCUGAUUUACACGCUGCAGUGUGUGAGCUCUGUCGCUCUGUCUGUGUACGGCGUGGUGAUUUUAGUCAACCUCGUCCUCUUCCCCACACUCUUCAUCCUCUUCACGUACACCAGGAUCCUGCUCAUCUCCUACAGGAGCUCCACGACAGUCCGGACUAAAGCGGCACAGACCUGUUUGCCUCACCUGCUGGUGUUAAUCAACCUCACCUGCUUCAUCAUGUUUGACGUCAUCGUCGUUCGAAUGGGAGCAGAUUUACCAAAAGUGGUGAGUUUGACGUUAACGUUGUACAUGACGGUUUAUCAUCCUCUGCUCAACCCGUUCAUCUACGGACUGAAGAUGAAGGAGAUCUCCAAACAACUCAGACACCUGUUCUCUCAGCUCACGUCGUGUUAAUGUGAUCACAUGUUGUGUUGUUGUUGUGUUACAGUAAAUGUACAGACUCACAAACACCUCAGACACCUGUUCUCUCAGCUCACGUCACGUUAAUGUGAUCACAUGUUGUGUUGUUGUUGUGUUACAGUAAAUGUACAGAC